AUGGGUUCACCCCCGCUCUUCUCUUCCUCUCGCUUGGACGAGAAGAGAAGAACAUUGUCGACCCUAACGAACAGUAAUAAUAAGCACUUGUUUUUUCAAGCGUUCCUCGCGUCCGUGUUCUUGCUCCUCUUGGCGCUGACGACGAACACGAGUACCAUCGACGACGACAACAGAAACGCCGGCUUCGGGGAAGAUGUUGAGAAUUUCGCUCGGAAAAUCGACGCGCAAAAACUGAUGAAACAGAUCCAAAACCAACACGGCGGCGCGUACGAAGACGAGGACUCGAAGAAAGCGGUGAAUUACGCGGUGAAGUUGGAUAUUUUAUCGCACGAUGCGGAGUUGAAAGCUAUAAAGUUGAUGCGAGAGAGAGACGCGUUGUUGCGAGCGUUGGAUGCGAACGAUAAAAAUUCCGGGUCGUUGGACGAAUUCGCCGGGGAGGAUUCGAGCGGGUUCGGGAUGUCUUCUGUAUCCGGGAAGAGUUUGAGUUAUAAGAAAAUGAGCAAGCAGGUGAAUUUAUGCAACGAAGAUGGGACGAACGUGAACUGUCCGAAGCGUGCGAACGUGAUUGAGGAAGAAGAGUCGUCUUCGUUUCCGAAGGUGUUCGUCUACGACGUGCCGAAACAAUUGACGAGCGAGUUAGCGAAGAGGUACGGACGAUGCGAACGCGACCAGUACGGAACGGAAAUUUGGUUCCAUAGAAACUUUAGGGACGAUAAAAAUGGCGUCCGGACGAUGAAUCCAGAGGAGGCGGAUUUGUUCUUCGUGCCGCAAUACGGCGAGUGUUUCUUGUGGUCGAGAGAGAUGUUGAGACACGAGAACCAAGGGCAAGCGAUGGAGGAAACGAACGAGUAUUUUUUGGAAGUUUUAUCGCACGUGAAAGGAAAAUUGCCGUAUUUCAAUCGCACGGACGGGAGAGAUCAUAUUUUCGUCUUUGCCGGGGCGAGAGGACCGACGAUUUUUCGAGAUUGGCAAAAGGAAAUACCGCACUCGAUUUAUUUAACGCCGGAAGGCGAUCGGACGUUACCUCAGUUUGACACGUGGAAAGAUAUCGUCAUCCCGGGUUUAGAGUACGACAAACGAAUGUAUUUGGAAGAACAUCGAAACGAGUUGGUGACGAAUCCUCCGAAGCGGAAAAUAUUAGCCAUGUUCCGCGGCACCAUCGACCACCCGGCUGGGUUCGCGUACAGUAAAGGUUUGCGCCCGAAACUGAAAAAAAUCUUCCAAAACGCCACCGACGUCAUCUACGAUACCAAAAUCAAAGAUUGCGACCGGGACUGUUACGUCCGCGAAAUGACGGAAUCUGUGUUUUGCUUGAACCCAUUAGGUUGGACCCCUUGGACGCUCCGUUUCUACCAAGCCGUGAUGACUCGAUGCAUCCCAAUUAUCAUCGCCGAUAACAUCGAAUUCCCGUUCGAAUCCGAAAUCAACUACAGCGAAUUCGCGUUGAAAAUUCCAGAAAAGGACGUCUCGGACAUUCUAGAAACCAUGAGACACAUGCCAGAGGAAGAGCGCGAACGGCGUCGUCGAUACAUGGACAAAAUCUGGAAACAAUUCACCUACCAGCGACCGGCGGAAAUCGGCGACGCGUAUUACUCCACCGUGAAAGAGUUGGCCAGAAAAGUCCGCGCGCACAAGAAAUACGGUCGCGAAAGCUUUUGGUGA